AUGCCCCCUGGUCUCUGCCUGUGCCACCUACCUUCGUGCGUCUUCCGGACCUCGAGGAACGAAGAGAUCAGGUUCCCCCUGAAGCCCUUCGAGCCCAUUUUUUAUGCUCUGCUAGACGCGAAGUUUUCUACCUCUGCCGCAGCAUACACCGAUGGCGCAUUUCGAAAUGGCAAAUCCGCCUCGGCAUUCGUCAUCCUGUCCGAAGGCGUACUGGAAGGACAUCGCCUUUCACAUCAAACCUCAUCCACAGCUGCGGAACUCUAUGCCAUGCUUUUCUUUCUGCAGCCCAUCGUUGAUUUUACCCUGCGGGAAUGUGUCGUGUUCACAGACUCUACAUCUGCGCUGCAAGCAACUGGAAAUUCUGGCAUCCGAGGCUCAUCCGCACCGUUGGUGUUGGAUGUGUUAAUGGCUUACAACCUUGUCUACGAAGCAGGGCACAGGCUGGUUCUCCAAUGGGUUCCAGCCCAUGAUGGUAUCGAAGGGAACGAACAGGCCGACAGCGCUGCAGAAGCAGCUCUCUCGUCUUGGAGACGGACGCGUAUUGCGCUGCUGAGAGGAAAUCGUCGUUCCGUACUUCGACGCCUUGUGACUCCUCUGGCAUCCCGCCAAUGGAGCGCUGACAACCUCCCCGCAGCCAUGCUGAGCAGAGUUGAUCCAGCGCUCGCUUUCCGCGUGCCUCGACAUACCUUCGUCAAGAUGUCGCAUUAG